AGUUGCAAAUUCCAUUGAAUGAAGUGGCUUUCAGUAUGGCAAUUCCCAGACCAUAGAUAUAGCAACUGAAGCAUGAAUCUAUAGAGAAAUGGCAAAAGUUCAAAGGGGCAUUGGAUUUGACAAGAGUACAUAGAUGUGUAUGGGGAUAGACGGUGCAGCAUAGAAAAGAAAGAGGGAGAGAGAGAGAGAGAGAGAGAGAGAGAGAAAAAGGCUGCAAAUUUGAGAAGAGAAAAAGCAGUCUCCCAUCAUCAAAACCAAACCCAGUGUGGCGGAAUCCAUGAUCAUGGGGACUGCUGGGUGAUGUGAUGAUGAAGUUUGUGGGAGAGAGAAUUUUCUCGCUCUCUCUCGCCCUUUCUCUUCUUCGCAUAUGGGAAUGGGAGGUGGAUGAGAAAAAGGAAAAGGGAGAAGAAAAUUUUGGGGAAGUGCGAGGGAAGAGGGGACAUGCGUCCGGAAGAUCCACGUGGCGCGCGGCGAGUGGCUGUGAGCUUUUGGCUUCCCACAACAACACCAACUCCUGCUGCCUUAUGUCAGUGCUACGCCCGGUCCUAUGACCCCGGCGAAUCCGUAUCGGACUUCCAAAUUCUUGGCUUCAGCAUCAGUAACAUGUGCUCCCUCUGACAUUUUUGUUUCGUUGUCAGUUUAUAGAGACAACUUAUUUGCAAAGCAAAGGGUUAAUUCCAUGCAACCCUGUUGCUCGAUAUACUUGCUGCACAAGCACACAAAAUCAAAUAGAGAAGGUUAAUGCAAGACCCAGGUUCCAAAUAUGAAGGAGGGCAGUUCAACAACAAGUAAAAUGAUUAACCGGAACUGGGUCUCGAAGCGCAAAAGAAGAAAGCUUCCGUACAGUGUGGAUACACCCAACAUCAAAGAAGACAGUCAUGUGGCCUUGGAAUCCCCAACAAGUGUUUCUCCACCGAAACGCAGGUUGAAGAAUGAAACAAACUCUGAUCAUUCUCCUGGCAAGAAAAAAGGAAAUGAUGGAUACUAUUAUGAAUGUGUGAUCUGUGAUCUUGGUGGGAACUUGCUUUGUUGUGAUAACUGUCCUAGGACGUAUCACCUUCAAUGCCUUAAUCCUCCCCUUAAGCGGAUCCCAACCGGAAAGUGGCAAUGCCCAAUUUGCUGUCAGAAAAGCAAUUCAAAUGGUGCCACAAAUCAUUUAGAUCCCACCUCAAAAUCAAUGUCGACCAAAAUUAUUAUUGGAAAAUCGAAAAUUGCAAUUAAACCUUCUGCAACUGACAAUGUCUCCCACAUAUUUGGAAGCUCUAUUCAUGGAAAGAAAAGAUCGACAAGCAAAAGAAAAUCUUCCUUAUCUCAAGGUGUACAGUUUGAAAAGCAUAUGAAUGCAUCUGCUGAACCUAGUGAUCUAUUGUGUACUGAGUCUGUGGAAGGUAACUUAUCAUCCAUGAUUGAGGACAAUGUGAGAAAACCUGAGCCUUCUCCAGUAGAUAAAUCGUUAGAAGAGAAGUCAAUAUCUCGCGUGGCGGAAGUUUCAACUGUUUCAAAGACUGCAGAUUUGAAAUCAAAUGAUGAAACUCCCGAAAGCAAACCUGAUAUUUCUGAGGAUAAUAAAUCACCAAGAAAAAAAGUUAUUUGUGUUUCUGGUACAGCUAAUAGGAAGGACAAGAAAAGAAAGCGCAAGGGUCAUAUCAGUGACAUUCAAAAGAAGCCUUGUACUGAUGAAGAUAAAUGCAGUAAGAAUGCUUCUUGUAAGCAUAGUUCAAAAACAAGUUCUUCGCUGCCCAAAUCACAACGGAAACGUAGCAAUGCUGACAAUGGGGCUUCUACAUUUGGGUCAAAGGAGGACAUUCAGACCAAGAGUGUGGAUGUUCAGCUAAAAGAUGAGUACAUUGGUGAGGAAGUAGGAGACAUACCACUUCAAUUGCAAGAAGCAGGAAAGGCUGCAGAUGGAACAGUGACAUGUAAAGGCCAUGUUCCUGGUAAUCUUCCACAGGUUGACCGGGUCCUGGGGUGCCGUGUGCUAGGUGAUAACAAGGACUCCUGUCCAACAUCGAUGAUGGUUACAGGUGACUUGCCUUUGGAGAAUUUGUCACUUAUGGACAACCAAAGUAGACUUGCAGAGGAAAAUCCCAAAAGUGAUAAGGCUGGAGAUGGGGUCACUGUUGAAAAGCUCACCGAGGGCUGUCAGAAUGUCAUGAGCCAGUGUGAUGGUGAAAAAAGCUUAAAAAAUGAUACCAGAGUAGCAAAGUUACAUGUAUACAGAAGAUUGGUGACAAAAGAAUGCAGAGAAGGGAAGGCCAUGGAUUCAGCAAGGAGACAGAUGAAUGGUUCCAGUUCUACAGGCGUAGAUAAUAAAAGUGAAGACGGCUCAACUGUGAAUGCAGAUGCCAUGGAGAAAACAACUGAGAAUAUUUCCACUGGAGAGGAAACUAAUGUUUGUUUAAGAGAUCACGGUGACAAUGAGGUUUCAAAAAUUUGUCAAGAGCCUGUUUCCCAUGAAAUCAAAGAUACUGAGGAGGCAAAUAUAGAAAUGAGAACAAACAGCAAUGCCGACAUCACAAAACAGACAUCUAGUUUGGUUGAAUUGGCAACCUCUGAUAGAGCAACAGUUUCACAUGAAUUUUUAGUCAAGUGGGCCGGAAAAUCUCACAUACACAACAGUUGGGUACCUGAAUUGCAGCUGAAAGUUCUUGCAAAGAGAAAACUAGAUAAUUACAAGGCAAAAUAUGGGACAGCAGCAAUAAAUAUCUGCGAGGAACGAUGGAAGCAGCCUCAGCGGGUGAUUGCUCUUCGUACCUCUGAAGAUGGUGUAGCUGAAGCUUUAGUAAAGUGGACUGGUCUUGCUUAUGAUGACUGCACUUGGGAAAGAAUAGAUGAACCUGUAAUUGAGAAAAUGUCUCAUCUGAUUGAUUUAUUUAAUUGGUUUGAGCACCAGACAUUGGAAAAAGAUGCUAUGAAGAAUGAGAAGCUGAGAGGAAAGGGUGAUUGUCAAUUUAGUGAGAUAGUGACUCUUACUGAGCAACCUAAGGAGCUGGAAGGAGGUGUACUGUUUCCGCAUCAGCUAGAAGCGCUGAAUUGGUUGCGGAAGUGCUGGCAUAAAUCCAAAAAUGUUAUUCUUGCUGAUGAGAUGGGUCUUGGGAAGACAGUAUCAGCCUGCGCUUUUAUAUCAUCAUUGUAUUUUGAGUUCAAAGCUACAUUACCUUGUCUAGUUUUGGUCCCUCUUUCUACAAUGCCUAACUGGAUGGCUGAGUUUGCAUCAUGGGCUCCUAAACUUAAUGUUGUGGAGUAUCAUGGGUGUGCAAAAGCAAGAGCGAUAAUUCGCCAGCAUGAAUGGCACGCUGUUGAUCCAAGUGGGUUGAACAAGAAAACAGUCUCUUAUAAAUUCAAUGUCCUUUUAACUACUUAUGAAAUGAUUCUCGCUGAUUCCUCUCAUCUACGAGUAGUUCCUUGGGAAGUUCUUAUUGUUGAUGAAGGACACAGGCUGAAGAAUGCAGGCAGUAAGCUUUUCAGUUUGCUCAAUACAUUUUCUUUCCAGCACCGUGUAUUGUUGACUGGUACUCCUCUACAAAACAACAUAGGCGAGUUGUAUAACUUGCUAAAUUUCUUGCAACCUGCUUCAUUUCCUUCUCUAUCAUCAUUCGAGGAGAAGUUCAAUGAUCUUUCCACUGCCGAAAAAGUGGAGGAGCUGAAGAAACUUGUUGCUCCACAUAUGCUUCGCAGGCUUAAAAAAGAUGCAAUGCAGAAUAUACCCCCCAAGACUGAACGUAUGGUCCCUGUCGAGUUGUCAUCUAUUCAAGCUGAAUAUUACCGUGCAAUGCUAACUAAGAACUAUCAGAUUCUACGAAACAUAGGUAAAGGAGUUGCCCAGCAGUCAAUGCUGAACAUUGUUAUGCAGUUAAGAAAGGUUUGCAACCAUCCGUAUCUUAUACCAGGUACUGAACCUGAUUCUGGGUCAGUAGAGUUCCUUCAUGAGAUGCGGAUAAAAGCCUCUGCAAAGCUGACUGUGCUGCAUUCAAUGCUUAAGCUGUUACAUAGAGAUGGUCAUAGAGUCCUCCUAUUUUCACAGAUGACAAAACUUCUUGAUAUCCUUGAAGACUAUUUGACCAUUGAAUAUGGGCCCAAAACAUUUGAGAGAGUGGAUGGCUCUGUUUCCGUGUCUGAUCGUCAAGCAGCAAUUGCACGUUUUAACCAAGACAAAAGUAAAUUUGUCUUCCUCUUAUCAACACGCUCAUGUGGUUUGGGGAUCAAUUUAGCAACGGCUGAUACUGUCAUCAUAUACGAUUCUGAUUUCAACCCACAUGCAGAUAUCCAAGCAAUGAACCGGGCACAUCGAAUUGGUCAAUCAAAUAGACUUUUGGUGUACCGGCUUGUUGUUCGUGCUAGUGUUGAGGAACGCAUCUUGCAGCUGGCAAAGAAGAAGCUGAUGCUUGAUCAGCUUUUUGUGAACAAGUCUGGAUCACAAAAGGAGGUGGAAGAUAUCCUGCGAUGGGGAACUGAAGAGCUUUUCAAUGAUUCUUCAGGUGUUGGUGCAAAAGAUGGUGAAAACAAUAACAGGAGGGAUGAAGCAGCUGUAGAUAUACAAUACAAGCAUAAGAGGAGAGGUGGUGGUCUGGGGGAUAUGUACAAAGAUAAAUGUACAGAUGGCAGUGGCAAAAUUGUUUGGGAUGAAAGUGCAAUCUUGAAGUUGCUUGACCGUUCAAAUCUUCAGUUUGGCUCACCUGAUAAUCCUGAAGGAGAUUUAGAGAAUGAUAUGCUUGGCUCAGUAAAGUCCUUGGAAUGGAAUGAUGAACCAUUGGAAGAACAUGGGGGAUUGGAAUCACCUCCCAUCCUCGCUGAUGAUCCCUGUGAACAAAAUCCCAAAAAGAAAGAAGAUACUCCGGUUAACAGUACAGAAGAAAAUGAAUGGGACAGACUUUUGCGAGUGAGGUGGGAAAAAUAUCAGAAUGAAGAAGAAGCAGCUCUUGGUAGAGGAAAACGCCAGAGAAAAGCUGUUUCUUAUAGGGAAGCAUAUGCUCCACACACUAGUGAAGCAUUAAGUGAGCAGAGUGGUCCUGAAGAGGAGCCAGAACCUGAACCAGAGCCACAAAGAGAGUACACAGCAGCAGGAAGAGCUCUAAAGGCAAAAUUUGCCAGGCUUCGGGCUAGACAAAAAGAUCGCUUGGCUCAGAGAAAUGUAAAGGAAACACCUGCUCCUAUUGAUGCUGUGCCUGGUCCUGUAUCACUUCCUCAAAUCUCUUUAUUCAAUUCCAAGGACAGGGCACAAGUGGUGAAAUUAGUUCAACUUGUUGAAGAGAAGCCUCCAAUGAUUGACUUGGAGGAUGACACGUGUGGUCAGGGAUUGGAGGGACCUAACAGCAAGACCAACUCUCCCUUGAGACUUGGCAAAAUUUCUAAACAUAAACUGAGUGGUCAUCCAGAUCUUCCUGUUAGCUCUCUUAGUCAUCGUCCUCCUGAUAUUUUCCUGCCAAGUGACCAAUUACCAGGUCCCAGCUGUACAGACUCCAUUCCCAGCAGCAAUUUAUUACCAGUUCUUGGACUUUGUGCUCCAAAUGCUAGUCAACUAGAGUCAUCCAAGAGGAAUUUCUCAAAAUCAUACAGCAGGCAAAGCAGGCAAGCAAUGAGGCCAGAGUUCCCAUUCAAUAUAGGUCCUAGCUCUGUGACUCCAAAUGAGAUGGACAUUAGGGGUCGUGAGACUGCUUUGGACAAAUUUAAACUGCCAGAUGCAUCAAUGGAAGCUUUUCCUCUGUGGCUGAAAAAUAGCAACCCUAAUAAUUGUCUCCCAAUUAGCACACACCCUCCGGCUAUUCCCCCACGAAGGGGUUGUGAUCGUAUUGAGAAUUCAGGAUCUAGUUUCUCUGAAUUUCAAGAAAAGAUGGCCCUGCCUAGAUUACCCUUUGAUGAAAAGUUCCUACCCAGAUUUCCAUUUCCAGCCAGAAAUUUGCCCCACUCCCACCCUGACUUGAUACCUAAUCUCUCAUUGGGAACACGAUUUGAAGAUUCAAGCAACCCCAUUCAAGAACUUCCCACAAUGCCGUUGUUUCCAAAUUUGAAGUUCCCACAAGACGCAUCAAAGCAUGUUCAGCAAGAGAGAGAGUUGGCUCCCAUGUUGGGUUUGGGCCAGACAACCCCUGUAUAUUCAACCUUCCCUGAAAACCACCGGAAGGUUCUUGAAAACAUAAUGAUGAGGGCUGGGUCUGGAUCGAGCAGCCUGCCGAAAAAGAAAUCAAAAUUGGAUAUCUGGUCUGAAGAUGAACUUGAUUUCCUCUGGAUUGGAGUUAGGAGACAUGGACGGGGCAAUUGGGAUGCCAUGCUUCGGGACCCAAAAUUAAGAUUCUCAAAAUUUAAAACUGCAGAAGAUUUGUCUGCACGAUGGGAGGAUGAACAGCUCAAGAUCAUGGAUGGACCAGCUUUUCCAGUGCCAAAGCUUCCCAAGCUCACAAAAUCUGGCAAGCCAUCCUUGUUUCCAUCAAUCUCUGAUGAAAUGAUGGCCCGAGCAUUACAUGGAAGCAGAUUUGGUGGGGCCCUGAAAUUUCAAAGCCACCUGACAGAAAUGAAGUUGGGCUGUGGUGAUCUUGCAUCAAGCUCAACGCAUGCGGAGCCAUAUGAUCAACUUGGAUUGCGCAACGAUCAUUUUGGACUUUCUACGACCUGGGGUGCUGACAAAUUCAGGAGUGUCCCUGGAGACUCAUCAGCUGGGCCCUCUGACAGACCAGGGACGUCUUCAAAUGUGCAGAUUGAGCAGCAAUUUCUGUCUAAUUCAUUUCGAACUGGUAGUUUUAGUUCCCUUGGUUUGAAUUGCUCAAGCAGUUUUGAUAUACAGCGGAAGGAUGAAAUGCAGGCGGUAGGUAAGUUUGGGAAGUUGCCAAGUCUUCUUGAUAGAUCCCUAAAUCUUUUGCGGGAUUCCAGUAUGGGUAUGGGAAGUGAACUUCUUAGUUCAGGAUUGCUGCCUGAUUUUAAAAAAGUGCCUAAUGUUUCUGAUUUCAAGGGAAAAGAAGAGGUAGCUGGAAGUAGUUCUUCAAAGAACAAGCUGCCUCAUUGGCUUAGGGAAGCAGUAGCGGCUCCCUCAAAACCCCCAGAUCCUGAACUACCGCCAACCGUAUCGGCAGUGGCACAAUCAGUCCGCCUGUUAUAUGGAGAAGAGAACUCAACUAUUCCUCCUUUUGUGAUUCCAGGUCCACCGCCUUCCCAUCCAAAGGAUCCACGGAGAGCUUUGAAGAAGAAGAAAAGGAAGCGGAGGGCGCAUAUGGUCAGACAAUUUCGACCAGAUAUUGCAGGAACCAGCCAUAACCUCCAUGGUGGUCUUGACAGUAACAGUGCUCUCUCAAUCUCGGUUCCUUUGGCACCGACAUUUCCUCCAGUCACAAAACCAGCGAUGGGAACUCCCGGACUUACUUUGGUUGAACCUAACCUCAAUAUGCCUCCUCCCCCAAAUCUGAAUAUGAUGAAUCCAUCAUCCUCAUCUGUAUUUCCAGAUCCCCAGAUGAAAAUGGCCACUGGAUUGCACCCCUCUCCUGAGGUGCUUCAAAUGGUGGCAACCUGCCCUGCCCCAGGUCCUCCUGGCAUGACAAGCUCGAACUUCUUUGAAAGCAAGGUCCCUCUUCCUACUAAAUCUGUUGUUCAAGUCGGAUUGCCGGGGUCAUCGGAUGCAUAUGGGAAACAGAAGGCUAAGCAGAGCUCACCACUGGGGUUUUCGGGUCCAACUUCUGACAAGAAACCCGCGCAGACUGAGAGCGGGGAUUCGAGCAAGACCCAGUCAGAUCCUACUCGUCCUGAACAGCUCGAUGUAGAGGACAUAUCAUCUGAGGGGACUGUCUCAGAUCAUCAUGCAAGUGACCAUGAACCAUAGCUGCGCUAUGGUAUUCAUUGGUUAAGGGACAAAUAAAAAAAAAAAGAAAAAAAGAAAGCAUAUAUUUUCUCCAUGUUGGUAAAUCUUCUGGUUGCUGCUUAUGGACUUGGUUGAAAUUUUGUAGUCAUGAUGCGAUUAGACUAGCAAAUAUAGAAACAUUUAAGUGAUCUAUUGUGUAAAAAAGUAAAAAGUCUUAGUAAGAGAAAAUGGAGUAUAUAGAUUGUUCCUUCUGUAAUUGCUUGGUUUGCUGUGCCUUGCGAAAUUUGUAA